CAGAAACGUCAGAUCUGACGUUUACUCAUAUUUUGACAAGUAAAUUUUUCAUUUGUGUUUACAUUUUUCUUAAAAAUUUACGGUUUAAAAUAAUGUUAUAUAUGCCACCUAGUUAAACAGCAAAUUUACAAAAAUAGUCCUGACAAUUUUCAGAUUGUUCCAAAAAUUAACUUGGCAGAAUGGCAGGAAUAAAAUGCUUGUGACUCUUGCUUUUACUGGUUCUAUAGGGAUGGCUUUUGUUAUUAUGGCCUGUGCCCUUCCCAAAUACGCACUUUGGUGGCCUUUUUUCGUGGUUCUUUUCUACAUAUUGGCUCCAAUUCCAACACUUAUCGCACGUAGAUAUUCCGAUCAUUCAGGUUCAAGCAAUUCUUGCUUGGAAUCAGCCAUAUUCAUUACCGUAGGCAUUCUGGUAUGUUCAUUUGCACUGCCUAUAGUCUUAGCUCGUGGAGAUGUAAUCCAGUGGGGCUCUUGUUACCUCACAUUGGUGGGAAAUGUUAUAGUGUACGGCACACUGAUCGGCUUCUUUCUGGCUUUUGAGGCAGACGAUUCUGAUUAUAAUAUGUGGUGAGAUGGUGUAUGUGCUAGUUAGAUUUUGAGAAAGAUGCUCAGCAUUUAGAGCAAAGGUCACAGAGACAGACAAUACACUUAUUAUUUAUUCAUGGUUUUAACAAAAAAAUAAAUAGCAAGUUAUAUGUGAUUUUACUAAGUUCUAAUCUUAACAAAAUAAGGUUAAUUCUCGCAUUGGAAUCUGAUUUUUGUUGACUGUAUUUACAUGUAUUAAUACAAUAUAUUUUACGAUAAGGUUUA